AUGAGCUGGGGAAGAGCACUGUACUGUUUCGAGCUGCUGUCUCGUUCCUGUUCUGGUCUGCGAACUUGUUCAGCACGUCGUGGGUUGCUCAAGACUUGCCUGGCGAGUGGCCUGACUGCGGGGCUCGGACUCUUCGCUUUCGCAGGGGAUAGCGACAGUCUGACGAACCAGCUGGGUGCAGGCUUGUGGCACCCAAGUGCAGCGGAUCGUUUGGAUAAGGAGCCCCACGAACGUUGCAACUAUAGACGACGAUUUCACUUUUGGAAUCAGUUUCGCGUUUGGUGCGCCCUCAAGGCACCUUGGUUUUCCGUCUCCAGCGCAAUAGCGAACGAAACCUCUUGCGAGGCGGCCGAAAACUCGAAAGUCAAGUCUCUCUCGCACAAAGCAUCAGCAUCUAUUGGUUCUUCCUACGACUAUGUGAUUAUUGGCGGUGGACCAGCGGCCCACGAGGCAGCGGCAGAACUUGCUCGGUGUGACGCAGACGCCUCGCUUCUGGUGGUCACGGACCAGAGCUACGAUCCAUCCUGGACGCAAGAACAGUGUAAACGAUGGGUAAACCACCACCGGGUAUUCCACGAAGGCCAUCGAUUACAGGCCCUAGACGUUGAACAGAAGACCGUUACACUCGAGGGCGUCGAUCCCAUUCGUUACGGACGACUUCUGCUUGCAACCGGCCAAGAAAACAGUUGCCCAGACAGCUGCGUCAUGGGUCCGAAUGCGAGCCGCUACUUUAUACCCGCCGGCCAACUUCAUGCGGGCUGUGAUUGGCGCGAAUGCACCGAACCGAGGCACUACACCCUGCUGGGACUGGACUGGUAUGCCUGUGUGCUCGCAUCCGAAAUCCGAACUUGGAGCGGCGGUCUCCAUUCAGUGACCAUUCUGUUCCCCGAGUCGGAGCCGCUCGGAGAAUUCCUACCCAAAGAAGUUGCCAAACAAGUCGCACAAAGCCUCCGCGAUCUGGGCAUCGAACUUAUCCCGUACGCAGAACCGCGCUAUAUUCAGGAGCGCACCGAUACAGCUGCCGCCCAGAGCGAUCUAGAGUUGUUCUUCGUCCGAACCUACGAUCGUAGCGUUGCUGUCUCGUUUCGCACCGAUCGAUUUACCGUCUUGAAUAAAGCGCGUCCACCCGGCGGCGUUGCAGUGCUCAAACAGGUGCAACACCUGGAAAUCGAUGCAAUCCUUGGUGGCAUCGUUUGCAAUCGAGAGCUGGCAGCUGCCUCGGACGUGUACGUCGCUGGCGAUGCGCUGUGCUUCCCGGAUCCCGUCGCUGGGCGUCGACGCGCCUGCGGCCUCGAACACGCAUGCCGUACGGCACGCAUGGCGGCGCGCAAUAUGCGUGGCGCUCGGCAAGUCUACAGCGAUCAGGCUGCGCAUCAGUUCUCUUUCGGGAGUACAACUUUGCUCUGGUUUGGGGAUCUCCAUGCCUCGGACGAGAUGUAUCAGUACGUGUGCUCGGGAGUGGACGCUUCUGGUGAAAGCGCUAACGGUCGAUUACCAGGCCCUGAGCACACGAUUGUGGUUUAUGUGCGGGGACGCUCCACGGUGACGGGCAUCUUGUGGGUUCGCGCAGCGCUGCCGCACCCUGAUGCCCUCGGAUUCGCCGACGACGCGGUGCUUGCACAGACUUUAGCGUCUAUGAAAGCCCUGAUUGGUCAGAGGGUGCCCAGUUACGGUGGAUCGGGUACUGCUAAUGCGACGCUGGAACCCCGGGUGCGGGAGAUUUUUCGCUGCUUCACGCCGUACGCUGAUCGGAUGCGGCGACGACGCAGUAGCAGCAGCGGCGGCGGCGGCGGCGCGCAUGCGGCAAGUCAGCGGGCAGGCACGCCCGCGAGUCGUCGCGGUUUCGGUGGUUAG